CCCCACAGCUUCCCGGUCAGACGAAUUUCUCCCAAUCGGAUGAAGUUCACCUUGGGCCUGGGGUCGCGGGCCUGGAGAGUGUCCUGGGAGCAGGCGGCGGCGGCUGCAGCGGUGGGCCCUGGGGCGGGCGGCGCGCUGGGCAGCAGCUCACUGCGCGUCUCCUGCCGCCGCGGCCCUCGGCUCGCGCGCGCCCUCCCUCUAUGCCUCUCCGGCGGUGGCGGCGCCCGAGCUCUCCCGGACUGCUCCGGGCCCAGCCACCGCCGCUCCGGCGCCAGGCAGCUGGCCGGCCCGCGCGCGAUGGAGCAGACGUACGGCGAAGUGAACCAGCUCGGUGGCGUGUUCGUCAACGGCCGUCCCCUUCCCAAUGCCAUCCGCCUGCGCAUCGUGGAGCUAGCACAGCUGGGUAUCCGACCCUGUGACAUCAGUAGGCAACUGCGGGUCUCGCACGGCUGCGUGAGCAAGAUCCUGGCGCGCUAUAACGAGACCGGCUCCAUCCUGCCCGGGGCAAUUGGGGGCAGCAAACCCCGAGUCACCACCCCCAACGUAGUGAAGCACAUCCGGGACUACAAGCAGGGAGACCCUGGCAUCUUUGCCUGGGAGAUUCGUGACCGGCUCCUGGCUGAUGGCGUUUGUGACAAGUAUAACGUGCCCUCUGUGAGCUCUAUUAGUCGCAUCCUGCGAAACAAGAUUGGCAGCUUGGCGCAGCCAGGGCCCUACGAAGCAAGUAAGCAGCCGCCACCGCAGCCUGCGCUGCCCUACAAUCAUAUUUACCAGUACCCCUACCCCAGCCCAGUGUCGCCCACGGGCACCAAGAUGGGCAGCCAUCCUGGGGUCCCCGGCUCCGCGGGCCACGUCAGCAUCCCGCGUUCAUGGCCCUCUGCACAUUCAGUCAGCAACAUCUUGGGCAUCCGGACGUUUAUGGAGCAAACAGGGGCCCUGUCUGGGGGCGAAGGCGCUGCCUACUCCCCCAAGAUGGAAGACUGGGCGGGUGUGAACCGAGCGGCCUUCCCCGCCUCACCGACAGUGAAUGGGCUCGAGAAACCUGCCUUGGAGGCAGACAUUAAAUAUACUCAGUCCGCAUCCAGCCUUUCCGCAGUGGGUGGCUUUCUUCCCGCCUGCGCCUACCCGGCUUCCAACCAGCACAGUGUGUACAGCGCUCCUGCAGCCAGCUACCUUUCCCCGGGACCUCCCUGGCCGCCAGCCCAGGGACCCCCGCUGGCGCCCCACGGAGCUGGUGUGGCCGUUCACGGCGGGGAGCUUGCAGCUGCCAUGACCUUCAAACACCCCAGCCGAGAAGGGGCCGACAGGAAGCCCCCCAGCCCAGGCGGCAAGGCUACAGACGCACUUGGUAGCUUACACGGACUGCCCAUCCCAGCCUCGACCUCCUAGGGGCUGCCCCCUCGAAGAGCCACAGGCCAACGACUCAGCUCACUGAUCCUCUGUCUGGACACACGGAGCUGGGGCCGGCACUGCCCCGGCCCCAGCCUGCCUCUGCCAGUCCCGCUGCUGCACUUCUUCAAUAAGCCCCUGGGAUCUUUAAGGCUUUUCUGAACCUUUGCUUUAGAUGGUUGCAUCCUCUUAACCAUCCUAGCUGGGACAGAGACUCCGCAUUCACAGCCUCAACUUAAAAUUUUUAUCCCCCCAUCUAUAUCCAUCUUCCUCUUCUUCCUCUUCCUCUUCUCCCUCUUCCCUCCUCUAUCUCAAUCUCCUUCUGCACCCCCCCUUUUUUUGCCAGUAUCCUAGUCUCUCUUCUUUUUCACUUUUCUCACCAUAAAAGGUCAAGUCGUCUUCACCUAUACAGCUUCCCUGAUUGUACUUUUCCAAUGUGGAAAGAUUCGAUGCACUCUCCAAGGACCUAUCCCUCCUCUAUACUCCUGACUCCUCUGAGAACCCACAGUCCUAAGGAAGUGGGGAUUGAACCUAGGAGUGAAGAAGCCGAAACCCUUUAUUAUGUAUUUUUAUAGUAACAAGCCAGAUUACAACUUCCUUGAAUUGUCCCCAAUCCCGAAUAUUGUUUGGAAAUCUUUUUCUUUUUUUCUGUGCCCAGUGUCUGGGCUGGCUUUGCUUCUGAGUUAUCACCUAAAAGAAGACAGGAUAGAGAAAAGGGACGCUGGGGCUGAUGGUGUUCUAGUCCUUUCCACCCAAGUGCCUAAUCUAACAGCAAAGCCACCAGUGUUAUUUGGGUGUUCGAGGCUCAGUACAUUUGUUAAUUUUGAAAAACAAACUGCUUCAAAGGACCAAGGUUCCUUCUGGCCUCUGGUUUGCAAGGAAUAGGGGUUGGGAAAAAACCCAGGAACCCAGGAGGUGUCUGCUGGAGCUGGGAACCAGGGCUAUUAACUGAAUUCUAAGUUCAGGCACACUGGUGGUGGGACUCAGUGUAUAAUGCAUUUUUUUGUGGUCAUAAACAUAUUAUUACUGGUGAGAGUCUGACAUCACCUGUUAAACGUGGCUGCCUUUGAAUAAAGGAAAGUCUGAACCUCGCUUGGUGAGGGAGAAA